CUUAUAGUAAGUUGUAGAUUUUUCGUAGCUGCAAGUUCCUCUAUAGCGGAAAGCAGAUUUUUUUCUGGAAGAAAACAAGCAAAAAGGCAAGGUCAGCACUUGGAUCCUACCAUCGAUAGAAAUUGCAGGAACCGUUGAUCGUAGAGAUUUUUUCAACGAGAAGAUAUAACUACAACAAGCUCAAUAAAAAUGGCCACCAUGACUAGUCAGCACCAGACCUCAAUCCGCGAACGCGAACAUUUUGAGACGGAGAAGCAGACGGAAAUCCAGUUUCGCCGAGCGCCCCGGGAUGUCGAAAUAUCGUCCUCCGCGGUCGAGGCAAAGCGCGCCGCACCGAGCAGAAAAGCGCCCACGCCGGUGCUCUCUUCCACGAGUAAGGCGCGGGCGAGCAGCGGAAGGUCGGGGGUACCCGGAGGACCGCCUAGUGCGGAACUACAAACAGCAGGGGGACAUCAACUGCCAGUAGGCGUACGAGACUCCUCAUCCAGGGAGCGACCGAGCAUCACCCCCUCAAAAGUGGAAGCCAAGCCCGCAAAUCCAACGCCAACGCGGGGGCGGAGUUCCGGAACUUCGGCGAAGGCAGGCUCGUCGGUUAGCAGCAAGCAGAAAUCCAGUGCAGCCAGCAGCGUGGAGCGCGAGCAGCGGCCCACGAACAGGACCUCGUCGGCUUCGAAAACGAAGGAAAAAGACCGGGAUUCGCUCGCGGGAAGCGCCGGCAGCGCGGGGCAGGAGAUCCUGUCGACGUUCGCGAAAAAUGUGGACGCGAAACUUUCGGAGGUACUUAUGGAUGAUUUUCGAUCGUUCGUGAGUUUUCUGAUGCGGAAAGGAAAUUGGAAUUCUGAUUUGUGAUCUUGCAAUUUGGUGGUCAUGUUGUAAUCCCACGUUGUCACGUUAGAAACCAAACCUCGAUAUCAAUUGUCCAGGGACCAAAGAAGAUUUCGAGCGGAAGGCGUCCCCCAGGGACGAAAGAAGAGGAUGCCGUCCAGUACGUCCAGAGCUUGGAAGCUCGGGAGUUUUCGAAGGUAUGAAUUUUUGUGAUGUUGCUGCUCCGGAUUAAGCAGCAUGCCACCACAGUGCAGACGCUUAGAUCGUACAAGUUGAGGAAGCAUACACAACAUCGAACAUCAGUGGAAAAUUUGCUUUUUCCGUCUAUCAGGAAUACAACACCGACGACAUGAGCGAGCGGGUGGCAGGGAUUCCCUCCCAAUCCACGGCGAUUUCCAACCGGACCGCUGCGCUCGCCAUGCACGGCGCACCGAUGCCCGCUGCAGCCCAGCAAUUACCACCGACGAAUUUUUCCCUCCGGUCCAACGCCGCCAACGGCUCGGCAAGUCUGCGACCGAGGAUGGAUCAGGUGCAGCAACAGCAAUCCGUUGCUGCUGUCACGCCACAAGUCGUGGUGGCCAACAACAAUCAAACCGCAACUGGUGUGACCCCAGCACCGAAGAAAUCUUUCACUCCCGACCCCGUGCCCGCGACAGCGGCCGAUCCCGCUCUCCGCCCGCCGCUCGGGUCCGAUGACGACAGUUGCCAGAGUGUACCGACAGAAAUUGUGGAGCGCGGGAGACUCCAGCGGCCGCAGCUGAAUAUGCCGAUGCUGAACCGCGCACCGAAGAUCGGGGGAGGUAGUUCCUCGGGAACGGUGAGAAGUAGGUCGCAGCAGCUGAACGCGCGGAGAAUACCCGGGCUGGUUCCAGAGCAAACAAGGCAGUACGCCGCAACCCCCACGAUGGAAACGAGCAACGGCGGGCUGGUGCGGCCGCAGGGGAGUAGUAGCAGUUCCGGUUCAACAGCAGGUUCUACGCAGCAACCGCAGGCAGUCGGGGAUGUUCAACCAUUAGGAAGUGCUGCUUCGAGGAUGGCAGCAUCUAGAGGCACUACCGGCGAGCAACAGAACGUGGAUCUCUCGGUGGCGCAGCAGCAGCAGCAGGUUCUAGCGCAGCAGCAGCAGACGCAGCAACUUCCGCAUCAGCUCCAGAUGAACAGACCACCAACGGGACUAGCGCCAGCGUCGAGCUCGACAUUCCAAGCGAACAUACCGAUGCCGCAGAAUCCUUCCGCUACCUCAUCAUUCAUCGCGAAGUCACCGAUGUAUUCGAAUCAGCCGCAGUUUGCCGCCGCGUCUCCGUCAUUCCUGCAGCCACCGGGUGGGCAAGGAUUCGUUCUGCAAAGAUCAAACUUCCAGCCCCCAGCACGGACGCCGCUCAUACAGCCGACCGCGAGCGCUGUGCCACCACCGAAAGCAGCUGGUGCGCCGGCUGCUGCAAAUGGGGGUGCAGCAGGGGCGGAAAUCGACGAGAGCCCGAUACCGGAUCUCUUAUGCAUAGACUUCGACGACUGCCUCGCUAUGGGCCACCUGUACCGCGAGGAGCCAGAUCCCGCGGAGUGGGCGAAAAACAAUUUUGGGGAUGAAACCCGGGUGGAUUAUUUGAAGUUCCACCUCAGAAGGAUACGUCUGACGAAACCGAGUAUAAAUUUGUGUUGCUUAGUGAUUCAUUUCGACGUGAAGCAUAAUUGGGAUACAACUAGACUAUGACUUCAUCAACUAAAAUUUGAAAAUCCGAUAUCACUCCUGAAAACAACAAGAACUCAUCCCAGGUAUCAAGAUCUGCGUGAUGACUUUGAACCAGACGGAGCGAGUCGUGGCCGCGCUGAAGCAGUGGGAGAUGGACUCUCUGUUCGACAAAGUGUUCGGCUCGGACGUGCCGCCCUUCAACAGUAGCAAGGCCGCUCGGAUGGGCACGCUGAUGAGUAACAUUCCCGGGGCCCGGACGGGGUUGCUCAUCGACGACAGCGCCAGCAACAUUGCGCAGGCUGCGGAGUACGGGUUCGCGACCAUCCAUGCCAAGCACAUCACCGCGGAAGUGCUUGUCCGGGUGCAGACGGGGCAAUACACGAAACCGGUGGUGCCGAGGGCGUGACGUGGCUGGGGUUUUGCUGGUCCUCGAGGACCAGCCUCGAGCUGUCAUCUCAACCUACUGCUGAGCUUCCCCGAGCUACUCGAUCCUCGUCGCGGCCCUCCAGGAUAGGGACGACCACCUGGAGCAGCAGCUUUAUCGAAUGUACAACUCUACUUCCAAUAAAAGCCUUUUUGUAGUUCCAUCAACAAUGAACUUCGAAAUAUUAAAACCUUCAAUACAUUCCAAAGAAAUCGUCAAAAGUUUUUCCAAAUACGCCAUUGCUUUUUGAAAAUUUGAUCACAUGAAAAUAAACCACAAUACAUAAAAAGAGACUUGUAUGUUGUUGCUUUUUUCGAUUCAACACCCUGUAUAGCUACCUUUGUUGUGACUACGGGCUCCUGUCGCUUGCAGUUGUAUCGGGAACGGGGACAGUUUUUGAGCAGAAGCUGGAAGUAGUUUUUUGCACACUCCCUCUUCUCUGUUCGACCACAAGAUAAACUCGACCUUUGUACGAACUGUAAAAACGACGUCGAACAACUUUUUUGCAACUUAUGGUUUGCACCACUCAUUUGGAAAAGCGAGCUGCUCGCUGUCAUAAGAAAACACGUAAAAGAACUUGUACUCAUUUUUAAUGCGGGUUGUACAAUACAACCGGCACGCUG